AUGCACCUCAUCAAAAAUGAUACCGGUGUUAUCAUCCUCCUAGUUAGAAGGUCUCUACCUUCAUGGAUAUUGUGUUCCGAGAACAAGUCUUAUAUUUUUCAGCAGCACAGGAGGAGAAUCGAGAAUCCACCACUCCUCAAAUUCUCAAUUUUUUCCCCUAAGACGUCACUCUGCUUCAAAACAACCGAUCGCCAGUGGAAAGCGACCGGUUGCCCCCCUUUUGCUCUUCGAGCACGGAGAAUCUGCUUCAAAAUCACCAGUUGCCAAAGGAAAGCGACUGGUUGCCAGAAGAUAACGAUCGAUCGCCAAAGGAAAAUGAUCAGUUGUCUCCACGCUGUCAACUCACAGAAACAGGAAUGCUUGGGUGUAAUUGGAAAUGACACCAGAGAGCAACUGAAGCUGUAA